CCUUUCCAGGGAAAAAAGUUAUUGUGAAGCCACCACGUAGAAUGCCAUUCUCCAUUCCUUCUUCGUUGAAACUUUGCACCUGGUUGGUGUCAAAUAGAUCAGAAUCAGUGCUCACUAUGGCAUAUGUGGACAGAAACAUUUCAGGACCUACUACAGCUACUGCGACUCGCUCGCUCGCUUCUUCCGCGGUCAUGGAGAACGGCACCCCGGUCUACGCCGAAACCACCGUCCCUGCCGAGCAGCCGGCGACCAAGGGAGCGCGCUGCAGUGGGGGCUCUGUCGCCCACCUGGGCUGCCUGCGCCUCAUCCUGAAAGUCCUGGAGUUGGUGCUGUCCUUUCUGGCCUUUGUAUGUGAAGAAGUUGUGAAAGAGUGCAACAGUUGUGGUGGGCUUUACUUCUUUGAGUUUGUCAGCUGUAGCGCCUUUCUCUUGAGUGUCUCGAUUCUCCUUCUGUAUUGCACGUCUCUCUAUGAGAAAAUUGGAAAAGAUAAAGUAAAACAACUGGAUUUUUGGAUCAUUCCAGCAGUGGGGCUCUUUUUUCUUUUAGCUUCAAUUAUCUUUGCUGCACUCAAUGAUGCGACAUCUACUGAAAUGGCUGCAGUUGUGUUUGGAUUUUUCGCAAGUAUAGUGUUUAUUGUGGAUGCUGGUCACAUGAUUCUGCAGAAUCUUAAAGCAAGAGGACAAAGACAACCAGAAAAUAGAGCCAACACACUCAAUGCAACAGAGAAUCAGCCACUGAAUAACCAACAAGUCUAAGCUCUGUUAUGCCGUUUAUUAUUAUAAGUACUGAGUGAAGCUGAAACGGUUCUUCUUUUAAAGGUGUGUCCAGACUGUUAACUUUCAUUUAUAUACUUCACUGUCCCAGUGCUUAGUCUUUGUACAAUUCUUAUACAUGCACACAUCCUGCAUUGCGGACACUUGUAUUUUUCUUAAAGAAUACUGAAUUUGCAGAACUGCACCUGUUCAAUCUUCUGCCCAUGCACUACCAUUAAAUAAGAAGCAGUAGGCUGAAAAACAAGGCAAUGUUGAUUGAGAUAGGAUUGUGAAAUAGCUAAAAGAAUAUAGAGAAUAAACGGAUAGGUGAAAAAGUGGGUGGGUGCAGUGGUACAAAUUCAGAAUAAUAAAUGUUUCAUAAAGAAAAGGGCUCCAAUAAUGGAGGAGGAGAGAUGGGAUAAUGGCUAAAAUGAGGAAUUGUGUAAGUCUUCUGUCCAGAUCAAUUGAAGGAAUGCAGUCUUUUGGAGUUCUUUUAAAGAUACUUUCAUGCUUAUAUACAGGGAAAAACUAGGAAGUGGGGGGAAAUAGAUAUUAUGUCCACCACCUAACAAACAUUAUUGAUGUACUCUCCAAACCUUUGUAAGAUAAACCUUUGUCUUUACCUCUUCCUUACUUCACCUAGCCAUCUCUCUUCCACAAACUUAGAUAGGGUUUUUUAUUGACAGUGCCUUGAGCAAUAAGAAUUUUAUCAUACUUUCCAGGAUAGGAAGAACUGGUGUCUACAUUCUGUCCAUUUUGUAGUACAGACAGCCCUUGUUAUUCAUGGCGGUUCUGUUCUGGCCUACUUAAUAAUGAAAUUAAAUAAAUGGGAAUUGUGGGGUUAUGUUCUGGAGCCACGGAAAAUGACUGAAAUAAGGAUGGAGCACAGCACAGUACCUUGGCCACCUCAGCUCUCCCACUCCCUGGCUCCUCUAGCAAUGCCCCACGGCUUCUUCAUUAAUGCAUAAACAUGAUGUUUCGUCACCCCACUGUUGAAAACCAGCAUAGCAGCACAAGCCCCUUGGCCUAUUUGGUUGGUAGGUAGCCAAAGAGGCAGCACAAAAUUAAAUCCAAUUCAAGUCAAUGCACACAGAGGAAUGAGAAGAGAAUCAAUUUUAAAUGGGUAAUUAAAAUCAACAUUUAAUUUUUAAUUUAAAUUGAAUUUUAAUUGUAAUUUAAAUAUAGCGUUGUAAUUCUCAAAAUCAAAAUUAAUUUUUUAAUUUGAAAUUUUUAAUUAAAUUUCAUCAAAAUUAAAAUGGCUAAAAGUGAUAAUUGGCAUCUUGUGAGGGCAACACAAUGCUACACGAGGUUCCAGAAAAUGGCCCAAAAAAGGCUCCACAGGAAUGGCUCCCAGUCCCAAAAGCCUCCACAAGCUCCAGAGCAAUGGCUCCCUAAAGACGCCAAAUGCUACCCCAAAUGGCUUUUAGAAGCAAAAAAACUCAAAACAUGCACACCAAAGCACUCCACUGUCCUCCUCAAACCUCCUCUCACAACCCAUGAGCAUGUGCAGCAAGAGCAUGACCAAGAACAGAACUGCGCCGCUGAAAACCGCAGAUAUGCAAAGCUGCGUACCACUGAUAAUGAGGUCAGCUAUAUAUUGCCCAACCGCAGAUACGGAACUGCAAAUAAUGAGGGCUACCUGUAUAGCAAACUAAUACAACUUGUUAGUAUGACUUUUUAAAAUUCAGAUGUAAAUUAUAUAUAAUGACAAUUUUCUUUAAAUAUAUAUUUCUUUCUGUAAAAGGUAGAAAUGUUAUGAAUGUUCAUUACGUUAAAAUAGAAAUUUAAAAAAUUAGGAAGUAGAAACAAAAAAUUAGCCUGCUGGGAAAAUAUUAAGAGGAAAACAUUUUCACUCAAAAGGAGAAAACAGAAUGGUGACAAAACAGUUUGAAACCACAAAAGGAGAUAUGGCUAAUAUUAAAAGGGCCAAUGAGUAUAUUUAUAUUUUAUGAGUAUAUUUUAAAAGUGGUUUUCAUUUUUCUCAAAUCUUAUUAGUAAAAUGUUUAAAUUUGUGACAUUCACAAUAUCUCUCUUGUGUACUUGGUUACAUGUGCAGUCUCGUAUGUAUAUGGAUGAAAUUUAUUGAGGAUUGUAAUAUUCUGCAGUAAAAUGUUGGGACCCAGGGCCAGAUGGUGUGCUUGCUGUUGGUGAAAACAAGUCAAGCAAUGAACCCCUCAAAGAUGUAGCAGCCCAUAUGACUGCACAGGAUGCUGUUGAUGAGUAGAGGGAAGCAUGGGCAAACCUUUGCAUUGAUGUCCUGGGCCCAACAGGCUAACUCCAUGUGGAGACUUUUAGAGAAAACCAUUUAUACCUGUCGACUGUUAAUGGGUAUAUUAUAUAACAGUCUUAGACUUGUCAUUCAGCCUGUGCUUACAGGUGGGAAGAAACGGCCUACAUGUCACAACCAGUUAGGCAAAUUAAGGCAGCCAACUUCUUCCUAGAGUGAGAUGCUGACAUGACUUCCCCCAUAUUUAUCAGGAUAGAUCUGGUACCCCAGCAACUGUUUAAGCAGCACUGAAAUUACAAAAGGGAAACAACUUCUACCCAAGUCUGUCCUGGAACAGGAGUUGUCGUGUACUUAUGGCAUUUUCGAUAGAAUUAGAGGGUGUUUCUCACAACUUGCUGCUUUCUAAAAGUGUGCAACAUGGUCCACUUACAUGAAAGCCACUUGAUUGUGAAUGUUACUGUUAAUUCAUUAGAAUUGUUUUUGGGCAAAAUGUUUCAAGAGGUCAGUCUGAAGUUUCAUUGUCCAAUACUUCACUGAUGCCUUCCCCAUUCCCUUCACUGGAGGUUGUGUUGUCAGAGCUUCCUUGAAGGCUGGGAUGCAAGAACAUGGUGGUCGUUAUAUAUUUUCAGUUGCAUUAGCUUGCAAGUGCUCACAUCUGCUCAUUAAAAGGUAUUUCACUCCAAAACUAUUGGAAUUAAUUCUAAAGGGUUGAGAAAACUGCUAGGAGAUGGUUUCUGUCGAACCUACAGGAAAGGAACCUACAUUUCAGUUUGCUGCUAAAAUAAACAUCUGUUAAGCUAUGACAUGUUAUCCCCAUUUUGGCAUUAGUAAUCUUUAAUUUUCCAUGCAGUUGGGUGAUAGAAGAAAAUGCUACUGCUUACACCCAUGUGCCUCUCUUAAUUUAAAGGAAUUUAUUAACAUAGAAGAAAAGCUGCAGUGAUAAUUGCUUAAUAAUGCAGGUUUGUAAAUAACCACUUGCUGGUAAGGAUCACUUCCAAGUGACCUGGCAAGGAAGUUGUAAACUGGAAGCAAGUUGGAUUCCUCCUGCUUCCCUUCAAGCUGUUAUUGUUUAUCAUGGUAUCUGUGGACAUCUGUAGACAGGUGACCUAAUAAAUGUUUAGGGAACUAUUUGUAUCAGCACAAAGCAUUUAAUGGUUUUAUCUGUAAAAUGCCUAUGUUUCAAAUUAUCUUCAUUCAAUGUCUUAGAUUUCUGUUGUGUUGUUCAUCUUGUGAAGAGUUCAGACACUGUAAUGAAUUGGUAGGAAUCUCAUGACUGCGUAAGAGAGCCAGUGGGAUUUAUUGUGUAGUAGACCUGUUGAGGCUCCUUCUCUGUUUUGAAAUAAAAUCAGGAUUACCUCUUCCUAGCAUUUGAUCAAUAUGUUUGCGGUUUCUGCUUCAAAGCCAAUGCAAAUAGGAUUUAUUUAAGCUCCCAUCCCUCAGACCAUGCACAUGCACUCACUGCUCUAAAUACUGAUGACUCCGAUGUCACCCCAUCCCUUUUUAUGUAGCCAUUGGGAGGCAUAAGGCAAAGCCUUUAAACGCAUUAGCUGACAUCUAGACCAACGCUGCUAGUGCAAAUGUGUUACACUAGUGCAAGGAUGUUGCACUAGUUAGUAGGGGGCUUGCAUUCCAGGAUAGUGUUGUGCUGGUACAAAAAGGUGUGCUUGUGCAACCUGGGACACACCUCCUGCUGUGCGACCUCUUCCUCAGUCCGUAUGUGUCGCAGGAAAUGACGCGUAGCCUGCCGCUGUCCUUGUUGCAGGAGUGGACUAAGAGUGCAAGAGAUGGAGCAACCUUGAAGCAUUCACUCAACUGUGUGAUGCUCUUGCAUGGGUGUAUCUUUGUUCAUUGCACUCGUGAGCAUUAUCCAUGGGAUGUUAUCCACUGUGUUUGCAGCCCUAGAAUAGAAGACUUGUACAACAUAGGCUGGGAUCCAAAGAGCUGCUUUAGGCACACCCAUGAGUUUGGACAUGUCCUGUGAUAUUUCCUCUUUGAACCAUCCACCUCCUUGCCAUAUUAGAAACCUCUUGUGAAACACUCCAUAAUUCAGAAGUAGUUUGCAUAUAUCAUGGAGGGCUGCUGUUUGAGAAAUAAAAACCUAAAGGUCCAUUGGGUGUGUAGAAAUAUUUCUGCUAUUCUUUGGAUCCCAGCCACAGUAAUAAUCUUCUAAAUUCCACCCGUAAUAUGGGAAAUGUUUGUCAGAUAGCUGGGAAGACACUGUAAAGUUUAAAAACUUUGUAUAGAAUAAAAAUUAUUUGUGUAAAACAAAAGGGUUAGAUAAUCUUAAACUGGAAUGUGUAUUAUGACAUCUUUUUAAUAGCAAAUUUAUUGACCGCCUGACUUCCUUAGACUUGAGGCAGUUUACAUAAAUUAAAACAACAACUACCGUAAGACAAGAGCAGAAGGGCAGUGUGGGGGGGGAGGGGGAGAGAAGAAAAAGAACCCUUCCUCCCCACACAUAUUAAAAACUAAAAGCCUGGCAAAAUAAAUAGGCUUUCAGGAGCUUCUUAAAGGACAGAAGAGAGGGGGCAUUAAGACAUUGUCUUCUCACUUGUGGAUAAUGGAAAUCUUUCUUAAAGUGCUUACUUUAUCAUAUUAUUUACUGUUGCUGCCUUCAUUCUGUAUUGUGGCCUGGCCCUUUUAGUAUCUAUUUUGGAUUCAUUUAAUCAUUUUGUAAUUACAUUUGUAAUAAAAGUUGUAGAAAACAACAUUGCUUUUCAA